AUGGAUUCGGUGCCUGUUUAUCACGGGGCCAUCAGCCGAGAGACGUGCGAGAGAAGGCUGGGACAGGCCGGCAGGGAUGGCAGCUACUUAAUCCGAAAUAGCGAGAGUGUUCCCGGUGCCUUCUGCCUCUGUGUCCUGUGUAAAGGCAACGUCUACACCUACAGAGUGUAUCAGGAUGACGGGGGCUCCUGGGCUGCAGAGACGGCCCCUGGACAACGGAAGCGUCUGUUUCGAAAGGUUAAGAACUUAAUAAGUGCUUUUGAGAAGCCAGACCAGGGCCUUGCUAUGCCACUUCUCUAUCCUGUCCUCGCUCAGAAAAACUGCCACAGCCAACCCAGUGAGCAAGAGCUAUAG